UCAAUUCCCCUGAAUAGGUGGAAGCUAAAACCAAAACAAAAUCAAAUCCUUUAGCCGAAUUUAAAAGUAAUAGUAAAAAAUUAUAAAUAAUAAUUGCAUGAGAAAGUCGACGUCAUCAGGCUUUGGUUUAGGACUACUAUUUACGGUGCUUUGCUAAAACCCAAGUGUAAACGCACGACUAGAGACGGGACGAACGUAUAUUCAGAUACUACAAAGUUUAUCCUUUUAUCGUGAAAUGCAAACAAAAACUGAAAUAGAACAACGAGUCCUUGAUAGAAUUAACAAGGAGAUUGGAAAUGACUUCAAGAAAUUGCACAGAGCCGCAUUUCUUGUAGAGGAAUACAAAUCUCGUCUUCAAAAGUUGCGUGACAAAUUGGACUAUGAAGAUCCUAAGAAUAUAACCAGCUUCAAAUCAGCCUUUGAAUGUGAGCGUCAAACUUGUGAUAGUAUUGACUUUCAAAUGGCCAAACUAAAACAAUUCGGUGAAAAGUUGGCAGAACGCAUCAAAGAAUCCCACAAAGUUCUUGAAGGCGUCAAACCCGAUUUGGAACAAGUAAGGAAGCUGCAGCAAUUAAUCCAGUAUUUGCGCAUUGUGCAGGAUAUUCAGGAAAUUAGUGGCUCCCUUUCACACAUUAUAAAGGGAAAGGAUGAUGCUAAAAUGGUUAAUCUUUACUUAAAUCUAUAUGAAGAAAAUGAUUAUGAACACAGUGUUAUCGGACGUCUUAGUAAUGUGGAAGCACCAUAUUUAAAAUCAUUCGCCACACAAACCGCCAUCCACUGGCAUGGCCUGCUGAAAGAAAAAUUUUCGAGGGAAUUUGAGAAUGCUUUAAAAUCCCUAAAAUGGGGACAAAAGGAACAAGAUUCACUCACAUACAAACCAUCUCCUGAUUACGUAAACAAGGCUCAACUGCUGGCUGAGUAUUUAUUUUUACUAAAAUCGCCAGCUGAGGAAGCCGAACAGUUGCAAAUGAUAACACCUAGCAUUGUGUGCCAACCACUAUCAACAGUUACAACAUUUUUGGUGGCUCCCUAUAGACAAAGAUUUAUGUAUCAUUUUACCGGGGUGCGUCAAACAAACCGUUUGGAUAAACCAGAGUGGUUUUUUACACAAAUUUUAAAUUGGGGUAAAGAAUCUCAUUUGUUUGUUGGCAAAACAUUCCAAACAUCUGCGGUAAAGGCAGGCCAAUUAGAUUUCAAUAUCAGGCUUGAAUUUAUGCGAGCUCUGGUGCAACUGACAAUUGAGAAAUUAUCUUUGGAUAUAGAGGAGAUAAGUCGGGAUGAAAACCUGUUUGCACAUUUGUUAGAUGAAACAUUGGCAUUUGAAGCAGAAUUAAGGGAUAAUUUCGGCUAUCCAGCUAGCUUUCCCAGUGCUAUAUGUGUUGUAACACAGCCUGUGUAUUUGUUGAAAUGGAUUUCUCUCGAAGAAAGAUUUUGUUCGGAGAAAAUGGAUGCAAUUCUUCAAGAUGAAAACCCAUGGCAUCUAAUUGACCCAAACAUAUAUGAGGACGAGUUGAAAAUACCAAAAUGUGCUGAUCAAUUCAUACGUCUGCUGGAGGCUAUUAAAGAUCGUUAUUACUCUCUAAUACAACCUGGUCAUCAACUACAAUUUCUUAGUCUGCAAUUGGAAUUAAUAGAUAAUUUUCGACGUAGACUGGUCCAGCUGCACAGCAGUGGGAUGGUGGACAGCAUACCAAUUUUGAAUGCAAUCAAUUACAUAAAAAUGGUUCUAAGCGAAUGGGGUGAAAAUGUUCACUAUCUGCACUUACACACAGCUUUAGUGGGGCCCAAUGCAGAAGAAAUAAACUCAGUUUUUGAAAAUCCAGUUUCAGAGCUCGAACAUUGGACAGAGAAGCUCUUAAAGAAUUUAGCCACCAAAGCUGUAAAUGAGAUUAAGGCAAAAUCUAUGCCUUACAGGCACGACUGCUGGACCACAAUGCCCGAACAGAACAAUAAGGAGCCUUUCAUACUGUCGCCUAGUGCUGGUGAAAUGUUUCAAGUCAUGGUAACAGUCUUGCACAAUUUGGAACGAGAACUAUCAUCGAAUCUAUUCAACUUGACACUUCGAUUGAUAGCCCAACAAAUCGACACUUAUAUUUUAGAUAGCAUGAUAAUGAAUACAAAAUUUUCACCGGCUGGUUCGGCUCAAUUCAAUUAUGAUAUGACACGCAAUUUAUUUGCCCUAUUUGGCCAAUAUUGUCGUAGACCAGAUUUAUUAUUUAAAAGAAUUCAUGACGCUAACAAACUGUUGAAUGCGGCUCGCGGUACAGCCCUUCUGCUACAUGAAUCUUUGCAGAGCGAAGAUAAUUGCUUAGAGGACAAAAUGAAGGCUCUAAAGGAAUUGGGCAUUGUCAAUUUCAAACCGAAAACAUGCAUUGAAGUCUUAGAAAGACGCACCGAUAUAAAAAUGUUUUAAGGUAAACAUGUGUAUACUACCUUUUUAUAACUUAAAUAAACAAUGGACAUUUGCAUUUAUAUACAUCCUCAA